AUUGCGAUAGAAUCCGUUUGUGUCUGGCCAGAAAGCAACUGGCGAUCGCGCGCGCAAGAGAGAGUGUGUUCCAUAUAGUGUCUGAAGAAGGAAAUUCCUUUAUUUUACUUUUGUUCCACAUAUCUGCUGGGAUAAAGUGAAAACAGUAUCCCACUUCGGGAAUUAAAAGUUACGCGAACGAAACAAACCUACAUAAACCUUAGUCAAAAUGUUCAAGAAUCACCUAGCGAUGAUUGGCAUGAAUGAAACGCCAAACAAGAAAGCCAAAUUCUGGCAGUCAUACAUCAGAUCUCUAAAAGGAUCCGAUGAUAUUCGCGCACACGACACGCCAACCUGGCGGCACCGACCGAUUUUGCUGUACGACGAACCAGACACCGCAGCCGGCCGCAUCCAGUCCGCUGGUUAUCACUAUCUGCCAGUGCACCGGGAGACGUACGGUUACUCGCCACGACCAAUCUACGACCAUCACUAUCCACGCUCACAGCGAGCAGCUAGCGUUGGCAGACUGGCCGAUGCCGAGAAGGCCUGGGCUGACCAUCUGGAACGGAUGAGGGACAUCGAUCGCAGAUACCCAUCGCGUUACGGAUUGUACCUGCGGGACAAACCCAGCCAGGUCGUGCUGCCCCAGGAGCUCGAAUACGAACCAGACACAAAACCUUUCUUCACAUCUCACUAAGCAGACACAGACAAGAAAGUCAACUAAAAAUAUUAAAAAUUAAAAAAAAAAAAAGUUUAAAAGAAAUGUGACACCUACACAGUGUUAGUCUACAGACCACUCACACAAACACACACACAUAGACACUCAAUAUUUUCCGUUAUGGAUAACGAUGUUUUUAUUAUUGCUAAGAAAAAGAUGAAUUGUAACAUAUUACUUUAUACAACAAAACAAAAGGAAGUAUCCGUUUUAACAAAAUUAUUGAACGUUCUUAAACAAAAUAACACAAUUACGAAAUGAUGAUAAACAGUAUGAAGGAACGGUAUUAUGAAAUUGUAAUUAAUUUAAACAAAACAAAUCAGAUCAAUCAGAUAGCAUCAUGCAACAUAGGAUUCUUUGUAACUACCGCCACUGGAACCCAGAAGCCACCGCACAUUUUCGACUAAAUUGUGCAGUUUUCUCCGAACAUAAAUUUUCAACUGGAUAGGAUUAUCAAACUAGCCCCGACCACUCACUCCACCCUACGAGGACUGAUUUUCGAGAAAAACAACCAACUGGCCGGUAAAACAUACCAUCGUAACCUAGUAACCGAAGUCCUGCAGGCAUUACUACCAACCAACAACUAGAAGAGCGCUCUCACAAAAGAAAAAAAAAGUUACUUUCCGGCUUUUUCUUGACCUUUAAUCUGGCCCCCGGGCGGAGUGGGUGAUCGGCAAAAGUUUACCUUCGUUACAGCUGAUGUCAUGGACAGGAUCUCCUGCUCAGUUGCCACCUGUAGCUACCGCGCGUCAAUAUCUAGUGAAAAUGGGUUAAUGAAAAUCUACUGUCUGCGUUAACAAUGUCUGUAAUGUGUCGGCAACAGAUUGGCUCUCUCUCUAUCUGACGGUAGUGAACAAAUGAAACGAGAAUGGCAACAAAAGUAUGAAAUAAACAAGCUUCUCUAUCGAGUCUCGUA